AUGUCACAUUUAUUGCCAGUGACAAGGUUAACAUCAUCCUCCUCAACAUCUUCCUCAUUGCGGGUAUCAUCUUUAGCCUCAUGUAGACAGUCUGAGGAGAGAGAUGGUUUGAGUAUAGCGGUAGUGGAUGUAUUGUUGUUGGGAAGCCAAUCGCUUUGGUUUGUUGUGAGUGCAGUGGGGCAAACAACUGGAAUAGAUCUCUCCAAACCUUUGCGGUAUAUUUCAUUUCCGGAGAAGGAGUUCAUGUCUGUUAAUAAUAAUAAUAAUAAUAAUAAUAAUAAUAAUAAUGAGUUUGCACUUCUUAUGGAAUUACAACGUGUAGGAAAUGGAAAAAUAUUAGAAAAUCAUACAGAAAUCAAAAGAGGGAAUUGUCUUCGCUGCUCUGGAAGACGUGGUGGGAUCUGCGCAGCCUCAUUACUGCACAUGUAUGGAGAUCAUGUGGUGUUAUUCUUUAUCUUGGAAUGUAAUUGUGUAGUGUUUGCCUCAUUUCUCCUGGUGGACACUUCUCAUAGUAAGAACAGUCCUCAUAAUAAUAAUAAUAAUAAUAAUAAUAAUAAUAAUAAUAAUAAUAAUAAUAAUAAUAGUACAGACAUAAAGAUUGAAUUACAAGCCGUGCGAUGGUGUUGUGGAUCUAAAGAAGAAAUCAAGACGCCUCCCACUUCUCUUAAACAAUUAACAGUACCUGUAACGGCUCUUGUGGAAUGUAUACAGGAUCGUAUAGAAACCACAUCCAAUUCUAUUACUAAUUCUACUAAUAAUAUUACUACUAAUAUUACUGCAGGUGUUUCCUCUACAUCUCCACGAGGUAGACCGAUGACAACAAGAGUUUCCACACGACGUGGAUAUGAUGAUUCUGUUUUGUUUGUUUUACGUUUAGCCUUUACACGUGUGGUGGGAUGGUUGGAAUAUAUAGAAAUAUCAUGGCGAGAAGGAGGAAAUAUUCACAACAACAACAACAACAACAAUACAUCCCCUUGGCGAUUAUUACGUGGAUUUCAACAAUUCACAUGUGGGGCAUUACGAUUAGAGUUAAAUGGAGAUUCAAGUGGAUUAUUAGGUGAAGUUCGAGCUCUUCAUUGGAUGCCGCAUUCACGUGAUUAUCAACAACAAUUUCCAUUAUUGGCUAUUCUACAUCAAUAUACUAUUGUUUGUGGAGAUCCAUUUCUAGAUCGUCUUUCAGUUUGUAUGUUGUCUGGGCGAAGAGAGCGAAUAAUAUUAUUUAGUGAGGAAGAAGAAGUAUGGGCCACUAUACAAGAACGAUUUCGUGGAUCUUGUUUAGAUGGUCCUUGGUGUUUAGAUGCCUUAACACUUGCACAUCCCUCCUUUCUAUUACAGACAACAUUACCGUAUGGAAAUAAUUCUGUGAAUGGUUUUGAUGUUUUGGGUGUUUUUUUACGCCCAACGAAUGUUAUUUAUCCUAUGAGUGCCUUUUUACGUGAAAAGGGAAUAACCAACAAUAAUAAUAAUAUUAAUAAUAAUAAUAAUAAUAAUAAUAAUACCUUUGACUUUUCCAUAGAAGAUGCGAUACCUAAAUUCAUCACAGAAAAAGUAAAAGAAGAGUUUUGUUUUGCUCUCUUUACAGAGAAUGGUGAAGUGAGUAGAUGUUGUAUUGGAGACUUUGUAGAAAAGGCGGUGUGUUGUUUAGUACCAGAACCCUCCACAAGACGUUUAAGUCGAUCUCUUUUAACAGAAAAAGAUAUACGAAUGGCGAUUGUAUUCAUAAUGUGUAGUAAAGGAGAUAUUCUCUUUUUGGAAGUAUGGGGUUCUGCUGCAAAUACGGCACUUCUACAAGGGGAGAAGAGAAGAAAAGAUUCUGUAAAGAUGUCUGAUCUCUUUUUUACGGUAAAAGUUCGAAAUGUUACUUUCUGUGAUGUAGAGAUCCCACGAUCGUUAUGUCAACUUUAUCAAUUUAUACAAUUACUAUGGGAUGAAACAGAAGGUGUGGUGUUUAUACUUUCCACUCAUGAAGAAAAAGAAAAAGAAGAAGGAAAUGGAGGAUUAUCAUUAUUAAAGAAUACUUUACGAAUAGCAGCUUUACGUUUACAAGGAGGUGGUACAACAACAUCUACAGUUCAAUUUAGAUGGAUAGAUCAAGGGAAAGAUGUGAAUGGAGAAGAGAGAAAUUUUAUUCAUACAUUUCCUGCACGUAUGAAGGAUGUAUCUUCAUUAAUGAUGCCUGUUAGUAUGUUAGAUGUAGAGUAUAAUGUGGGAACUAUUCUACACACCCCAUUACAAGUCUUGUGUAGUUGUACGGCUGUAAUUUCUAAUAAUAAUAAUAAUAAUAAUAAUAAUAAUAAUAAUAAUAAUAAUAAUAAUAAUAUAGAUACAGGAUGUGAAGUGAAAUUUAUGAUUUCGAGAUUGGGAGAUAUUUGUAUGAUUGAAGAUUACUUUCCAUACACAAUGAAUACUACUACUACUACUACUAAUAAUAAUAAUAAUAAUAAUAAUAAUAAUAAUAAUAAUAAUAAUAAUAAUAAUAAUAAUAAGAGGGAGAGGAAUUUCUCAUGUAGGCGUCUCUCUCGAGUGCAGUGGCCAACACAGACAAAGAAUGCCUCUGUGGUAUCGGCUCUCUCACUUUUAUUUUCUUCCAAUACUUCUAAUAUUUGUAUGCAAGUAAUCUCUACUGCCAAUCAUUCAAUUCUCUCAUCUUCACAAGAGAUUCCAUUUACCAUGGAUGAUAGAUCUUAUCAUCAUCAUUUAGUCUUUAUGGUGGUGUGUCGUAGUACUGUGAUAAUACUGGCGAUAUCAGGGGAAGUACUCCUUGUGCAGGAUCUCUGUUCUCCGUCUAUACAGUUAAACAGUAAUAAUAAUAAUAAUAAUAAUAAUAAUAAUAAUAUGAUAAGGACAAGGGAUGAAAAAAUUCCUUCACUUCUUCCUUGUAUGCUUCAGUCAUUUGCCUCAUAUAAUAAAAAUUGUUUCCUUGUCUUGUCCACACGUAUAGGAUCACUUUAUUCCCGAGAGGAUAAAUAUGAAGAUUGUUUUUUCUUUCUUUUACGUUUCUCAUGGUGUUUAUAUUCAGAUGAAAAGACUGUGAUAUCGGGAUCUCUCUCUGUAGUGGAUAUUCUCUCUAUACACACAUACGGUCAACCACUGUUUGAUUUUCUACCAUCUGUGGAUGUUAAUAUCUCUCCUGCGAUAAUUUCUAAUAGAAGAGUAUUGUGUGUGCGGGAAUUAUUAUAUUGUGCUGGAUGUAAUCUCUGCAGUGUGCCGUGUGUUCUCACGAGUGAUGGGAAUAAAGAGAAUCCCAUCUUGGAAGGCUUCUUUGUUAAGCAAACACUUAAUAAUAAUAAUAAUAAUAAUAAUAAUAAUAAUAAUAAUAAUAAUAAUAAUAAUAAUAAUAAUAAUGAGGGACGAAUAGUGUUAGACCUGCGAAGAUUUAUAGAGAAAGAGAAUGAGAAUGAGAAGAGUAUAUUAUGUGUAUUCGCAGAGCCCACACUGUUGCGAUGUGUAUCUAACACAAUGUACAACUCCACAGGUGUAGAUGUGGUGGUGUUAAUAUCAUUUGCGAGUGGCCUCACAUUAGUCACUGCAGUUCCUCAGAGUACGGCAUCUCCACGAUUCUGGCAUUCUCAGAUAUUAACAACCACCACUACGGAUGAGAUGAUGAGAAAUAAAGAAGAAAUAACAACAACAACAAUAAUAAUAGUGGGAGAUGAAAGAAUGCCGUUUGUACGAUUUUUAACUCCAACACAAUUUGAGAAGAGAAAUAUGUUGGGAUUUCUACAGAGUGCGAAUGGCGGUUGGAGGUCACUUGUGUAUAGUGAUGCCAUCAAUACUGUGAAUCUCUCACCGGAUGUAAACAGUCUGCAGAAUAAUAACACACCGCCGUUAAGAGAAGAAAAUGUGAUGAUUCUGUAUAGUGACAAUGUCUUGUUUACACUAGGACCAUAUCUCUCUAAUUAA